AUGAGCCAUCAUAUAAUACCAAUUCUGACUGUGCAGCCACAGACGUCCGUGUUCAUUGGAGACACAGUUACACUGAGCUGUGAGGUCUGCAGUUGGUCCCCUGUAUCGGAGUUUGUCUUUACCACACCUUUAAAUCAUGAAUACUAUGAACCUACAGGAACUAAAACAAUCAAAUCUGUGCAAGUCUCUGAUGGAGGAGAGUACAUGUGCAGAGCCAUAAUUGAAAACCCACCAUGUGACACACAAUGCAGUGAACCAGUAACAGUGACAGUAAAAAAAAGACCAACACCUCAAUUGUCUGUUUGGCCUGCUGAUCAUGUAUACAGAGGAGAAACUGUCACUCUCACAUGUAUCCUAAAUGGAGGAGGAGUCAGGAGGUGGCAGUACAGCUGGUAUAAAGAUGAUUUAGACAUCCAGCAGAAUAAACUUCAGGAUUACACAAUCAGAUCUGUUACUGAGUCUGACGCAGGUAAAUACACAUGUAGAGGAACAGAGAUCAGUGGAUCACGAUACUCACACAUCAGUAAUGCAGUUACACUGAAAGUAUCAGGAUCAAAACCUAAACUCACAUCAGAUAGUGAAGGAUCUGUACUGACAGGUAACACAGUGACUCUGAAGUGUCACAUUGAUCAUCAGUCUACUGGAUGGAAGUUUUACUGGUACUACAACACACAAAACACUGAGAAGACGACAACAGAAACAAACUCUUACACAGUCCACAGUGUUAAAGUUUCAGAUGGAGGUCAGUACUGGUGUAGAGCUGGAAGAGGAAAACCAGACUAUUACACAGACUACAGUGAUGGACUGUGGAUAAAUGUAAAAGGUGAGAGACAACAUGAAAUUUAUGGAUGUCAUGGACUUCAGUCAGGGCUGGACAUUCAGCUGCCUGGGGAAGACUCACCGGAAAGUACUGCUGGAAGAGGCCGUUUAGAGACAGCGACACGGCAGCAGGGCGAUCAUUUAGUAGCUGGAAAAGAAGAGGAAAAGAGACCUCGUGUUACCAACCGUUGUUGUGCUGUGUCUGUGUCGUCAACAACCACCUUUCAGGCCAGACGAAGUCUUGUGAAGGAAAUGAGCGUUGAGGCUGGCGAAGUAAACAUCUUCAUUUUAUAUGCCGUUGGUGACAUCCUGACCCUUUGUUUCCCACAGGACGGUGGUGCAACAACAAACCUCAAUGGAGGCCGUGUUCGGUCCAACGCAGCAGCAGCUUUCGGCCCGCAUCCCUAUCAGCCUUUGUUGAAGCCUCAGAAAAGGCUAACGUCUGACGUCCAUCUCCUCAAAGCGCCUACCUGUACCUCCACCUGUGGGCCAGUGACACGUCAACAGUGGAAACCCUCCAUACACCUACCAGGACGGUUGGAGUUAGACCCCGACAGCCGAUGUACAGCUCCACCAGUAUCUGAACGGUCAGGAGUGCAACCCGCUGGGCUGUCUCAGAGCUCGCCACGUGUGGCCACAGACAAAUAUGACUAUCAGCUUGUAUCAGACAGCAUUCGAGGAUCUAAAGGCAUCUACACAGUGAGUUCAGUUACUGUGAAGCACAGAGGAGUUUAUGCUUGCAGAGCAGAGAGAGGAGAUCCAGUCUAUCACACAAAGUACAGCAACACAAAGCCACUGUUUGUCACUGAUGUUUCUCGUUUAGUCUCUCUGAUCAUCAGACCCAAAAGAUCUCAACACUUUUCAUCUGAAUCUCUCUCUCUGAGCUGUGAGGAUCACAGUAAAUUUACUGGAUGGACAGUGAGAAGAUACACAGACAAAUUGGGAACUUGUUCAUCAUCAAUCUUUGGAUCAGAAACGGAAUCUACAUGUACAAUCAGUUAUCUCCACACAUCUGAUACUGGAGUGUACUGGUGUCAGUCUGAAUCUGGAGAGAAACUUCAUCCUGUUAAUAUCUCAGUUCAUGAUGCUGAUGUGAUUCUGGACAGUCCUGUUCAUCCUGUGACUGAAGGAGAUCCUCUGACUCUACACUGUUUAUAUCGAGAUAAAAACUACUCUAACCUGAGAGCUGAAUUUUAUAAAGAUGGAUCAGUGGUGCAGAAUCACACUAAAGAAGAUGUGAUGAUCAUCCCUACAGUCUCAAAGUCACAUGAGGGUUUCUACUACUGUAAACACCCAGAGAGAGGAGAGUCUCCAAAGAGCUGGAUCUCAGUCAGAGGAGGGUCUCAGGAGAUGUUUGAUCGCAGCAUACUGAUCAUUUGUCUGCUGGCAGUUUGCUUAUUUGCUUAGUUAUGGUCCUGCUGGUUUUCAUAAAGUGUUGUGGCCCCCAGAAAUUGUACAUUGUAACCCCGAAGGGUCAGAAUAAAUGAAAGAAUAAAGUAACAUGAAUUUAAUUAAACAUAUUGUUUUUGAUUAACCUUAACCACUAGUCAACAUUUUAAGUGGAUCAAAACCUUUCAGAAAAGUUUUAAAAGUCUUAAAACUAAUACCCAAUACCUGUUCUUGUCUUAGGACAACUCUGAUAAACAUUUUUGAUCCAAUUCAAUUGUUGACAAGUGGAUAUACUUGUGGAUUAUAAGAACCAACUAUAAUUUUACUGUACUUACUGUACUUCCUUUUUGCUCAUUGUAAGUUUUUUAUUUAAAUGGUUAAUAUAAUAUAUAUUUUGUAAGUAGAGCAGUUUCCAAAAGAAGAUAUUUUGAAGAAUGUUUGUCACAAAGCAGA